AUCCGCGCGCACUGCCCUUUAAGAUGCGUCUGUCAUCUCGCCGUUAAUGGAAAGCCUUUCUGGCUGUUUUCUGCCGUGCAUGAGAUCUGUUCCAGCUGGCCCGGGCAAGGAGAACACUACUGUGGUGCAUUUUGUGUCGGCCGACAUACCCAGAAAGGAAGGGGAGAGGAUAGGCCACGCCGAGGGAGACGGAAAUGAGAGGGGGGUGUCCAAAGAGGAAACCCUAUCCCUUUAAGAGCAAGUGGGACAUAGCGGUGCGAGAAAAGGAGAGGAGGGGGAGAAGAAAGAGGAAUUAAAAAAGAAAAGGAAGAAAGAGACAGGGAGGGAGGAGGGAGAGCGGGCGAUAAAAAAAGAAAGAUGACAUCCUCGCAGCUGAACGGCCGAGGUGGAGCGAUAGGCUGCGGCCCGGCGAGAGCGCCGCUCGCCGGGGUCAGGGCUUGAAACCAACAACGAGGCUUCGACAAACACCCGAUUGGCCUAUUGAGAGAAAUCGGAAAAAUAGAUUCAUAAAUUAAAAACAAAGCAUGACCUGCUGUGCUACCAGAUACGUGUGUUAUAACCCAUAUUUGUUCUCUUGCGUAAAAAGGCAUUUAUUUCAGGUAGAAUGGUUUAUGUUUAAUGCGAAAGUGUGAUACUGUAAUAUACGAUUUUUGUUCUGUUUUUUUGAAAGCAGUUUUGUUGCGCGAUAUUGCGUUUGAGUGAGAUUAAUGUUGAGUGAAUUAAAGUUAGAAACCAAAGUGAAAAGAGAAACGUUAUUUGUCCUGGCCUGCUACACUACUGCAGCCCGCGUUAGUCAACAGCUGCGUGCAUUUUAAUUGACAGCAUUAGGCUACCUCAAUGAGAAAAACAUAUUUUUGCAGACGACUUUAUUCACGUUUCUGAAGAAAAUCCAGAAGCCCGUCGUUUUUGCUGCAGAACAGGCGACUGUUAGCGCCUCAAUCACCGGUGGGCCGAUCAAAACCAUGCAAAGGCUGCCCUCCGCGACCUCAAUCAGGAGCUGACUUUAUAAUCUCCAUCGCUGUGCUGCAAAAUGGAUGCUGCUUGGAGCAAUUUUCUCUUCCAGAAUACUCCCACCCAAAACCAAGUGGAGGGGAGCCUCCAAUCAGAGCUCAUGCCAGUGCAUACGAGUUCUCCCCAAACCCCACCCACAGAGCACAUAGCACAGCCUCCUUCAACUGUGGACACUGCUGCUCUUAGUGAGGAACCCCUGCCUGGUGAGGGACACUGCACUGCAUCCUACACCUGUGGAGCUGACAAGAGUAAAUCCAUUACAUUUAAUUCUCAUUUGCAUUAUUGAGUACCAGUAUUAAGGUCAGUCAGCACAAACAAUUACACAAUGCAACUGAACGAAGUACCGAAACCAAUGGUACAUUUUACUGGUGAGUGCAUGAAGGACAGGGCCAGAGAGCAGGCGGAGGGGGCAAAGGAGGGAGCAGCCGGCCAGGUGGGGAUGGCCGCCCCGUCGGCGAUGGCGGUGGGGGCUGGAGGGAGGGUGGAGAGGCCCACUGUUCCCCUGUCCCUGCUACACCUCUCUGCACCUCCCCCUCUCGCCCCUCCCGGCGUGUUGGCGGGGGGCCAGCAGCCUCCCCUGGGUAGUCAGGAUGGUGAAGGGGUUGCCAUGGCUAACGUAAUGGCUAGUGUUAACCCCCAUGCUCCGCCUCCUGCUGCUGUCGUCAUGGCCACAGGGGCGACAGUACAGAGACCUGCAAAUCCCAACCCAAACCCGGUGAGGAAGAACCACGCCUGCGAGACAUGUGGGAAGGCUUUCCGCGACGUUUACCACCUCAACCGCCACCGCCUGUCCCACUCAGACGAGAAGCCGUUCUCCUGUCCCAUCUGCCAGCAGCGCUUCAAGAGGAAGGACCGCAUGAGUCACCACGUGCGCUCCCACCAAGGUGGUGUGGAAAAACCCUACGUCUGCCCCCACUGUGGCAAGGCUUUCUCCAGGCCUGACCAUCUAAACAGUCAUGUCAGACAGGUGCACUCCUCGGAGCGACCCUUCAAAUGCCCGACCUGUGAGUCCAGCUUUGCCACAAAGGAUCGUUUGCGUGCGCAUAUGAUUCGCCAUGAAGAGAAGGUCCCCUGCCACAUCUGUGGCAAGCUCCUGUCUGCGGCUUACAUUACAGAUCACAUGAGGGUGCACAACCAGUCACAGCACCACGCUUGCCAUCUCUGUAACCGCAGCUCUCCUCCAUCAGGCUUCACCACCCUGACAUACCUUCGUGUCCAUGCCCAGAAGCACCAUGGCCAGGAGUGGAAGGACAGUCCAGGGGGCUUCGGCGGAACAUCCUCUGGUGGCAUACUCGUCUGCCACUUGUGCGGCGUCCACUGCAAGACACCCACCCAGCUCCAGGGGCACAUGGGCACCCAUGGCAACAGCCAGGGUGCCCCGAGCCCCAUCACCUCUAAUGUGGCUGCCAGCAGCUCUGUCUCCCUUAGCAACAUGGUGACAUCGCCUACUGUGUAUGUCACUGGUAAUACGGUGGUUGACCUGCUCGUCACAGACUGCUCUAGCAUCGCAGCGCCACAGUCCCACAGUUAGCAGUAGAGAGCUCAGCAAUAAUAACCUCACUCCCUUAACGGGGCAAGGUUGGAGAAGGUUAAAGUUAAGUGUAGAUGAUGAUCUGGUUUCAGUUUUGUAAUGUCCCCACUUAUAGGUAAGGUUAGGAUUAAAAGGUGGGGGAGAUUAACUCCAGUUAGCAUUCAAGGGCAGUUCCACCUCAGAGCUGCAAAGCUGGAGCAUCGGAGAAAAGGAAGCUGUAUUAAUCGAGCAAUGACGUCAUGGAAAGAGGGACCUUUGUGGCUGCAGCAGGUUCAUUGACACUUACGACAAACGUGGAUGUGUUGUCCAGAUAUUCCUGAAUGCACUCGUGCAUUUAAGACUCCAAUGAAUCUGUGGUAUUGUGAGCAUCUACUGUAUUACUCUUCUCUCUCUCUCUCUCUCUCUCUCUGUCCCUCCCUUCAACCCUGGCAUUGGCUGCUUUCUGCAAGUGCACCAAGUACUGUAUAUCUCACACCAGCUCUGAUCUUACCUCCACUUUGCAGCUCACUUACUAAGAAUCCAAAUGGCUUGCGUUAAGAAGUAGUAGGGGGAGAAUAGCUCUCAGAAAACAUUAACGAAUAAACACAUUAGAAGGGAAGUUUGUUUUGGGUGUGUAUGUCAGGGCUCAGCUAGCAUGUUGGCUUGUUUGUUCACAAAACAAAAAUCAACAUUUUAUUUUGCGAAGGUGUCAUGCCAGUUUAUGAAGUUUCUAGAGGGCUGUUUAUUGAUCAGGACAGACGGCCAUACGUGUUGUGGUCAGUCUGGAAUUGUGGGAUGUACUUUUUGUUUCCUAAAGGUACAGAGAUAAGAAUGGAGUUGCGUUCAGGAGUGUCAAGCACCUUAAAUCGUUAUUGUUUGAUUCAGCGAGGAUCAAAGUGGGUUUGAGAUUUCUUGGAUUUUCUUGCUCUGAGUCUUCCUCUCUGGGUCUGGCCGUAACAAAAGAAAAGAAAAGAAAAAAAGAAACCUAACUGUUAAUCAACACUUCAGCUUCUGACAUGGCAAUUCUUGCACCAGAAAACUACCUUUUUGCAUGAAAAUAAGCGAGCUCAGUCAUGCUCAUUGUUAGGGAGCUGUCAUGACAAAUGAAACUUUUAGCAGUUCCACCAAGUUAGUUGGCUGUAAACAAUAAUAUUUGUGAGUGUUGAUUUUAUUCAGAACAUUUUUAACAUUGUUGGCCAUUCAUUUGAUUGUAUGUGUCAUUGCCAUAGUCCUUUCUGUUUUUCUCUAUGUACCAGUCCAAUGAGUGAAACUUAUGCAUUAGAUUUAGUCAUUUAACUCUGUAUAGCACAUUAAUGCUCUGAACGCAAGUCAUUAUCGUUCUACAUUAUUCACAUGAAGAAUGGUCACUUGUACGUUGGAUAUCUUUGGUUGCUUUGAGUUAUUAUGUGAGUGAUGUGGUGUCGAGAAAGGGCUUAUAAAGUCAUAGGAGUCAAACCUCAAGUACAAUGGAGGUUUGAUAACACCACUUGGUAUGCUGUAAACAAAUCCUGGUUUUGUACUGGAGUGCUUUUUUUGGUUUUGUGUUAAUAUGUUACCUUGCAAUUUGUAGAGUUGUUCCUUUCUUCCUUUUUCUUUUUUUUUUCUUUUGGAAAUGUGUUCUUCCUGUUGAGAAAAGUAUUGAUUUAUUAAAAAAUUAAUUUUAGGGUUUUCUCCAUCACACUAAGAAAAAAAAUAAUACCUCUACUCUAGAAUUCUGUACAGCUCUUUUGAUACAUCUUAAUGCCUUAUCGUACUCAACUGCAUUUUAAUUCUUUGAUGAUGAAAUAUUUCAAAUCUUAGUCAUGGAUUCAUUAAGAAUAUUAAUGGGAUGUAUUUAUAUUUUUAUAUUUCUCAACAGUAUGCAUGUCUAAAAGGUUGUUAGAGCAAAAAAAUUAUGAUGCUUAAUACAGUCAUAAAUAUUAUGUUAUUUUGUAGAUCAAGUAGAGAUCAUGUUAUUAUUUUGUAAUUUGGACAAUUUAAAGUAAAAAGAGUAAACGGG